AUGACAUCCAUCUCUGAUCUACCGCCCGAGCUGCUGUCUCGCAUCUGCGAGUUUAUCCCCAGCCAGUCGACCCUCGCGAAGCUCGUCCGAUGCUCGCACCAGCUCUGCGGCGUGGCACUCCCCCACCUUUACCGCUCAAUAGAGCUCUCGCGCACCCCCUGGAAGGACGAGCUGUGCUACCUCGAAAUCAUCACGUCACUUCUCGUGCGGCAGCCCGAGCUGGGCCGGAGCGUGCGGCACUUGGGAGUCCACGAGAACAGCAGGAGCUCACUUCAUGCCCCGGGAGCGCAGUUAUCCCCCGAGAUUGAAAAUGUCGCCAGGCUUCUCUCUCAGCAAGUUGGCCUCAUUUCGGUCGACCCUCCCGACGCUGUGGUCCGCGAUGGCGAAGGUAGCCCCGCCGAGGCGGAUGAGCAGGUUUUUGAGAUCGAGUCGGAGUUCGAGGAUGAGUUUCUCGAGGUUGGGUCGGACGCCGACUACAGCGACUGGAGCACCACUGAGGGGAGCGAGGACGAGGACGACAACUCCGAGGCCGACAUGCCGACAAAUGUCGACGGCGCUCUGAAGCUCGCUCGCUCAUCGAGGUCGUUCCGCGAGGCGCUGACUUUGGCCAUACUUAUCCGCAGCCUCCCCAGGCUGGCGAGUAUCGACCUUGAGCUACUGGAGCCGUUAUGCUUGCGAUUCGUGCACUACUUCAUCCGAUCUUCGGUUGGUUCGAGCAUUUUGAGCAAUGUAACUACAGCAUGCUUUGGCUCCUCGAGGCCAGAAAGGCACCUCGAGCUUUGGCGUGACCUCUUCGCGCUGCCUGGACUGGAAUCAGUCUACCUGCACCGCGUACUUGCGAUGCGAAACAGAGAGACGCUGAAGCCAGCUACCGAGUUACAAGCUCACAGCUUAAACAUCACACAUCUUGAACUGCGCCAAUGCAGGAUUUCGCCCUUUGAGCUGCGGCGCAUUCUGGCAGCUCCCAAGGCACUGAAAACUUUCAUAUACGACAUCGGCGAAAUCAUCUCCGAAUCGGAGCCUAUCUUCCUUAUUAGCUAUCAUUCCGUGCGGGAAGCCUUGGAACAGCAAAAGGACAGCUUGGAGCAGAUUUGGAUCGACUAUCCCCACGACUACGAAUUUGACGAGUGGGGUGCCGGCAACUACACACGGCCGAUGGGCAGCUUCUCAGCAUUCACUAAGCUACGACGGUUCCGCAUUGCCAGCACAUACCUGUUCGGAUUCGUUGCCGACACAGACCCUGAUCGGCUGAGGGACUCGCUGCCUGAGCAACUCGAGAUGCUGCACCUCACACACGGAGACGAGGACGAAGAGCUGACAGUCGGUCUGCGCAAGUUAGUCGAGGCUAAACAGAAGGGAAGGUUCCCGGACCUGAAGGAACUCAGUGUUGACGUGUCUGUGCCGUGGCUUAUUCGGCAUGGCAACCCACCACACGCGGACCAGUCACGCUUUAACAAGGAAGUCAUGAUGCAACUGACGUCCAUGGCUGAAGGCGCCGGUGUGAAAAUGUCCAUCUUCAACAACGUUAGCCAGUCCCGCACGAAGGAUCUACUGCGGCGUAUACAGGCUGCCAGGGUAGGAUGGACAGGUCCCGAGCGGAAGGAGUCCAGAUGGGGUUUUGAUGGCGAGGUUGAUUGGCCCAGGCGAAUGAGCGGCUGCAUGCAAAAACCAGACUACCCAGAGCUCAAGGUUGACGAGAAUGGGAACAUACACGGUCUGAGGCGAGAUACAACCCCUUGA